GCGGCUCCGAGGCUCCCAGCUCGGCCAUGGCCUCCAAACAGAUCCGAAAGAAAGAUGUGCACGGCAUCAACUCGGCGCACAGUUCCGAUAAAUCCAAAGAUCAGUACUCUUUAGGUGGUGGUGGACAAACUUCUGGUGAACAGAAGGGGAAAUUCUCAAUCUGGCCAGAAUGGAAUGAAUCUGACAUAAAUUCAGAAAAAUGGGAUGCAGGCAAAUCUGGAAAAGAUAAGGAAAAAACAGGAAAGAGCCCAUUAGUGCAUUUCUUUGAAGACCCUGAAGGAAAGAUUGAAUUGCCGCCAUCAUUGAAAAUUUAUUCCUGGAAACGUCCACAAGAUUUUCUAAUUAAUCAGGUUCCAGUUGUUGUGAAAAAUGAAAUGGCAUUUGACUUGUUAUCAGAAAAUGAACAUUUAUUUUGCAGUGAGCUAAUGAGAUGGAUAAUCAGUGAAAUUUAUGCAGUCUGGAGGAUACGCAAUGGAAAUCCUUCGAGCAACACAACCAGAACUACUCCAGCAGACCCACCCGUUCUCUCCUGGAAGCCCUGGGAGCACAUAUACUCCCUGUGCAAGGCAGUAAAGGGCCACAUGCCAUUGUUCAAUAGCUAUGGAAAGUAUAUUGUGAAGCUCUACUGGAUGGGUUGCUGGAGAAAGAUAACUAUUGAUGAUUCUUUCCCUUUUGAUGAAGAUAACGUUUUGCUACUUCCAGCUUCAACUUAUGAAUUUGAACUUUGGCCAAUGCUUUUGUCUAAAGCUAUUAUUAAGCUGGCAAAUAUUGACAUCCACAUAGCAGAGAGGAGAGAACUGGGCGAGUUCACAGUUAUUCAUGCACUCACAGGAUGGUUGCCUGAAGUCAUUACUCUUAGCCCAGAAUAUAUGGACCAGGUUUGGGAGCUCUUAAAGGAUAUAUUGCCUAGUUUUAAGCUGCCUGAUGAUUCCAACUAUGAAAACAAAUUAGCAGCACUAGAAAACAAAACUAAAGAACAAGGAAAAGAGCCCAAGGAGAGCAAAGAAGUGAAAGAGGGUAAAGAAGUGAAAGAGGGCAAAGACUCCAAAUUGGAUACUUCAGCAGCAAUGUUAAAGCCAACCCCGGAGAAAAGCGACAAAAAUCCAAAGGAGAAAGCAGAGCCAAAAGACAUUGGGAAAAAGAGGAGUAAAGACGGAGAAAAGGAAAAGGAAAAAUACAAAUGGUCAAUCCAUGGCUCAAGAACCUCAUCCGAAGGCCACCACUCUCUACAGUCUGUUUCAGAAUGUUCUGCAUUAUCACAGUCUCCUGAUAUGGCGGUAUAUGCUACCUACACACCGCUCUACUUGUUUGAAAAGAAGAUCUUUGCACUAGAGAAUAUGGCCAGUUCUGCUGAGAAGCUUAGAGAAUACGGUUUUUCCCACGCCUACAGUCAUCCUGUACUGUUGACUAGAACUCGAUCCUGCCCUCUUAUUCCACCCCCAAAGCCAUCUCAAGUACCUGCCUGGAAACUCUUUCGCCAGAAGAAAGAAACUGUUAUAACAGAUGAAGCUCAAGAAAUUGUAAUAAAGAAGCCUGAACAAUAUCUUGAAAUAUCAAGUCCAUUUCUGAAUUAUAGGAUGACUCCAUUUAUAAUUCCAAAAGAAACGCAUUUUGUACGGUCUAUAAUUAAGAAAGGAGUAGUUCCAGGAUCUGGUUUACCUGCCCAUAUCGAAAUUGAUGAAACUACAGCCUUUAGCCAGAUGGACAUAAUUCAACUCAAAAAGCCUUCAUCAAUAGGUAUUUUCACCUCACAAGUUAUACUUGGAAAAGGGACAGAGGAACAAGUGGACUAUGGUGUGAGUGAGACUACCAAUCUAAAUGAUGCAGUUGGCUUGGAAAGAGAAUUAAUUAGCCAGACAACAGCAACACAGGAGAAAUCUCAGGAAGAUCUUGUAGCAGUAAAUGCGACUAUUUCUAAAGAAAUAUGGUUAGAUUUUGAAGAUUUGGGCAUAUGCUUUCAGCAUAUCUACAUUUUCCAUAAGCCGCAUUCAUAUUACAUUAGCACCCAAAAAUCGGAAUUCAAGUUCUCAGAUGAUCGUGUGCUUUACUAUUUAUUCGUGGAUAGUCUGAAGCCUAUUGAAUUGCUGGUUAGUUUCUCUGCAUUGGUACGCUGGGGAGAAUCUGGAGCUUUAAGUAAAGACAGUCCCCUCCCUGAGCCUGGAAUACUCACGGCUGAAUCAGUUAAUUGGAAAUCUCUAAAACCAGGCAACCUUGUUCUGAAGAUCCACACAUAUGCGACCAAAGCUGCUAUGAUUCGUCUGCCUCCUGGGAGACACAUGCUGCUGCUCACCGCCAGUAGUCCUGUAGCGCACACCUUACACUUCUGCAGCAUGGGGAGCUUCAUGGUGGGGGAUGAAGAUAGCGUGCUGCCCAACUUCGAGCCGGAGAGCUUACGAUUUACAGAGCAGGCUUUACUUAUUUUGAAAGCCGUUGGAAACGUGAUUACUAAUUUCAAAGAUAAACAAAAAUUGCCUCAAGCUCUGAAGGAACUCCAAGCAGCUCACUACCCUGUGCCCCUUCAUGACAAACAGUUAACUACACAGCACUUCAAGGUCUUUGAAGUUUCUUUAUGGAAGUUAAUGAUAAAUUGUCAAAGCAGCAAACUUCCAAACUUCAAAUUUGCAUUCCGUGCCCUGGUUUUCAACUUUGAACUGUUGGACUCAACCGCGGAAGAGAUUUCUUUAGGAGAGUUGACAGAGAAUAAAAAUGUCAGCUUAGCGAAGGAAAAAGACUAUGCUGUGCAGCACGAGGUAGCAGCAACUAAAAUCCAGGCCUUAUGGCGAGGGAUUUAUGUCCGAAUGCUGAUGAAGGCUAGGACCCCAGACUCAAAAGAAAAUGCCGCUGCUGCAGAAGUUCUACAGAAAACCUGGGCUAUGGUAGAACAGAAUUUAGAACAGUAUGCACUUUAUUUUUUAAGACUAAUGUUUAAAAGCAACUGCAAGUCCAUGGAAUCUUAUCCAUGCUUUCAAGAUGAAGAAACUAAGGUUGCUUUUUCUGACUACACUGUGACUUAUUCAGAACAGCCACCAAAUACGUGGUUUGUAGUGUUCAGGGAAACAUUUUUGGUUCCUCAAGAUAUGAUUUUGCUUCCCAAAGUCUAUUCUGUACUUCCAGUCUGUAUACUGCAUGUUGUUGACAAUGAUACUUUGGAACAGGUGCCAAAGGUGUUUCAAAAAGUGGUCCCUCAUCUUUAUACUAAGAACAAGAGAGGAUAUACAUUCGUGGCUGAAGCAUUUUCUAGUGACAUGUAUGUAUCAUCCGGAAGAUGGAAACUGCGUCUCAUUGGCUCGUAUACUCCACUUCCAAACCUCAACCGAGAUUCUCCAAGCAAUAAUUUUACUGUAAAGGAAUUCAGAGAUUACUACAUACCCAAUGAUAAGAACAUUUUAUUCAGGUAUUCUAUUAAGGUGGCAUCACCACAUCCUAUUACAAUACAUGCGCGCACUUCCAAACCCGAUGCAUUCAUCAAACUGCAGAUCCUGGAAAAUGAAGAAACUGUAGUGAGCACCAUUGGGAAAGGCCAAGCCUUAAUCCCAGUCAUCAACUUCUUCGGAGGUGAAAAAGCUUUGAGUCGCCAAUCUAGCAAGCCACUUUUUGCAUUUCAUUCUUCAUCCAAGAAGGAUCCAGAUUUCCCUAAGAAGAAGAGCACUCCAGCAAGUCAGAAAACCACUAAGGGUAGAUCCGGAAACGUGGUGAUGGAAUCUGUUCCUAUCGUGGAUGAGGAAACCAUAUUUAUGCCCUUUACAGAAGAAACUACCAACACUUCACAGCAGGUUUAUAAGUAUAUUGUACAAUGUGUGAUAUUAUAUAAUAGUUGGACUCUCAAUGAAAGUCAACUGACAUUCAUUCAAGCAAUAAAAGAAAUAGAGAAAAGUGAUGCUAAAGGAAGCCACGUAGAGAAACAUGAGGAGUCAGUUACCUCGGGAAGUCCAGAUUCUCAUACCAUCAGUGAGGGUCAGAAGUCUUCAGGAUCUUCCAAACCAUCAAGGAAAGUCAAAGAAAAGUAUUCGGAAAAAGAUAAGGCAGUCAAAGAAAAACAAGCCCCUCGCCCUGAACCCCAGUUGCCGCCAGCUCAUUCCCAACAAGAACACCCAGAUAAGCCACACUGGGUUUUGAAAUUUGUCACUGAGCACAGUGAUGGAGAAUUCUUAGAGGUGAAAAAGGAUACAGAACGUGCUGAUGAGAUCCGAGCCAUGAAACAAGCCUGGGAGAUGACUGAGCCUGGAAGAGCAAUCAAGGCAAGUCAGGCUCGUCUGCGUUAUCUGAACCAGUUAAUUAGGAAAGUGCCUGAUUAUGACACUUCAGCUGAAAAACAAAAAAAAUCAUUGGAUGAAGGGCUUCCUGGACGAUCCCCAACAAUAGAAUUUACACCACAGCUUAUUCAUAAAGAGCUAGAAAAAGUAGACUUAAGUCAGUAUGUAAGGAAAACAGAUGCUGAUUCUAUACUGCAAACAGAAGAGCUCAAUCAGCAGUAUGCAAUGGAAAAAUCAGAAGAGGUUCACCAGUUCCGACAGUACAGGGACAGAGUAAUUAGUGUUCGAGAUACUGACCAAGAGCAACGGGGUAGAAAAAACAGUGAAGUCCUGGAGAUGUAUGUAAGCAUGCGGGAGGCCUUAGAUGAUUACCGGCAAAAGGUCUUCAGCAUUCGGGAAGAAUACCGAAACAAGCUAUUGGAAGCUGAGCGCCUAAGGUUGGAAGAAUUAGCUGCACAAGAAGCAGCCAUGCGGGCAGAGACAGAAAAGAAGCUCCAGUCUGAUGCACAGAGGAAAAAGAAAAAACAGAAGAAAUAAUCAGGAGUGGCCCCAUCCGAUCUCUUUGAAAGAGAACGUAUUUCUUAUCCAAUUGGUGAUAACCUAUAACUUUGUCAAUAAAUGGAAC